UUAUUUUUCUCUUUUUGUGUGUGUUUGUAUGGUUUGACAAGAAUCACAAACAUAGAAACUUAUCGAAAACAAGAACAAGAUGCAGAUGUAGCCACGAAUCAUCAAAAAUAAAAUGGUGCUUCUUUCUUCGUUCUGUUCCUUUUCUCCAAUUCAUUCUUCUUCUUCAACGUUUCCAAAUUCUGCAUUAACAUAUUCAAAUUACAACUCAAUCUCCAACCUCAGAACUCAAAUUCAAUCCUCUGCUUCUUCCACAAACAUUUGCACCCAAAAAAUCGACACCUCUUUGAUCACCAUCGCUGAAUCUUUCUACGAUGAUGAACUCUGGGCUGCUUCCUCCCUCCGUGUUCGUUCCUUUAACGAAUUCCGUCCUGACACUUUCGGAGUCCAAGAUCAUGCGAAGUACUUGGCUGAGCGUGAGUUUGAAGCGCUUAAGGAGCGUAUUUCAGGGAAAAAGAUAGGUUUUAGAAGAGUUUCUUGCAUUAAUGCUUCACUUCCUUUGUCUCAUAUAUCCGGCCUCUAUGAUGAUUUAUGUUCUUCAUGUAAGUUUUCUGCCAAUGGAGAAGACAGGAUUGUAGUUGGCUCUCUUGAUCUUAAUCAGUGCUUGAAUCUUUCUGAUGAAAUUGUAGGGACGAAGCCAGAGGCCAGCGGAGCUGAUACUACAAGGGCAUACCUGAGUAAUGUAUGUGUUGCGAGAGAGUUGCAUAGAAAUGGUUUGGCCUAUGAACUUCUUGAAAAGUCAAAAUUAGUUGCUCGUAAUUGGGGCAUAACAGAUUUGUACGUCCAUGUUGCCGUUGACAACGAACCAGCAAAGAAAUUGUACAUGAAGAGUGGGUUUGUCUAUGAGAGUGAUGAACCUGCGUGGCAGGCCAGGUUUCUUGAUCGACCACGAAGACUUCUGCUAUGGAUGGGUCUUUCAAUCACCUAAUUCGACGGUGUUGUUGGGUAUCCUAUGUUAAUAUGGUUCUGUCUAUUCUUUUCAAGUUAUUUUGAGAACAUUCCCACGUUUCAUCUUAUGUUUUCCUUCCUUUCAUUCGUAAGCCACAAGUAAAUCUGGCGGCUGACAAUUAAAGAUCCAAUGUAAGAAAUGAAUUAUGAAACACACAGGGUUACUUUUUUCCUUUGAUGAUUAUUUUUACCAAAAAUAAUAGUAAUCACGAUCAAUCAUGAUCAUGUCUUAUCAA